AUGCUGGUCCUCAAUACAGUAAUAGCGUUCAUUGUUUUGGUCUUAUUCGAACCAGUUGAGUCGAUCAUAAAUGGCGAACUAGAACAGUGGAAUCGACACGGUUAUCUCGUGAAGAUAUUUUCUCGUGAACCAAAUUCAAACAUUGUAACCAGCUGUAGUGGCUCAAUUAUAUCGGCUUCUUUGGUGCUUACGGCACCGAAUUGCAUUCGCAAUGCAACCACUCAUGAAAGAUUUGGUGAAGUUGCUGUUAAUGUACCGACAUUUCGUGUACCAAGAACAUUACGCGCUGAGAUCUUGAAUGUUACUGAUGCAUGGGCACUUCUCAAAAUCGUAAAACUUCCAGUCAAAGAUUUAUGUCCACCUAAUCCAGCACCAGUACGCGUUUCACAAUUGAACGUUCGUGUAUCACUGACCAAAUCAUCAAUGGAAACAAUUGAUCAUUCAUCACUUACUGAACGAGACUGUUGGAUAACAGCGUUCGCAACCACUUAUCAUGCGUCAACAUUCCUGCAUCAACAUGACGUUCGAAAGAUUCAACUGGAAAAAUUGAAACCGUCUUACGAUAAUAUGAAUACUGGUGCUAUUGUAUACAAGGCUGCAAUAGUGAGCAAUAGAACAGCUUGCUGGGAUGACGCUGGCGCAGCUUUGACGUGUCAUACGAAUGCGUUCGGUGACGUUCAAGUGGGUAUAUUCCACAGUUUAUCAUUGGGAAUUUAUGAAAGUGCUGGUGAGGUGAAUGACGAUGAAACAACGACGUCAGCACGUUCGAUGGAUCAGUGCAGUCGAGCUGUUUCCAUGAACUUUGCUUUAAUCGCCAACGACAUUCGUCUUAUAAGAGCAAUCGAGCGAAAUGAUUUACCAGCAUUCGUCGAUGUUUAUGAUAAAUGUAAUUUCAAAUAUGCUGAGAAUAUUGGUAAAAAUUGAUGAAAUUAACGAAUA